AUGGCCUUGUUAUAUAAUAAAGCAUUAGUAGAAGUUCGUAAAUAUCCAAACUUAAUAAAUGAUAUGAAAACUUUACAGCUGAUUAAAUUUGUUGGUGUUAAAACAGCAGUAAUGUUAAAGAAUAAAUUAAUAAGUCAUUGUAAAUCACAAGGUAUUGAAAUCCCUCGAGGAUUCUUAAAUGAUGCUGAAAAACAUACACUUGAUCUUAAGAAACAGCAAAAACGUCUGGUCCUAGAUAUUGAUCUUGCUGGUGAUGAUAAUGAUAAUGAGAAAGAUGCGCGUCCAGCAAAGAAACCAAAACGCGUAACUGCACCAAAAGAAUAUGUGCCCAAACAUAGAUCAGGAGGAUUUGCCAUCCUUUUAGCACUCUAUCUUACUGAUUCCCAAGCUCAAAGAGGAAUGAUUAGAGAAGAAAUCGCAACAGCUGCAACUCCAUAUUGUGAUAAAGCAUUAACAUCAAAUGCUGCAGCAGGUGAAUAUUAUUCCGCUUGGAAUUCAAUUAAAACGUUAAUAAAGCAAGAUUUAGUUACAGCUUCAGGUCGAGUACCAAAGCAAUAUUUCUUAACUGAUAAAGGAAGAAUCUUAGCUGAGAAAUUAAGAACGACUGAAGGUAUACAACAACAACCACUAGACGCGUCAUCGUCACUGUCAGCUGGAAACUCCAAUAUCGCCGAGAUUUCAUUUGAUAAUGGGAUAAGAUAUGAAUCAAGUUUUGAAAAAUCAUCACCAAUAACAAAAAAAACCACCAAUAUACUACAACAGAACGAUGGAUUAUUAUAUAGUUCUCCAUUAAGUAAACCCCCAAUCGUUCUCCAUAAUCCUGCCCACAACAACAAACUCAUCCAAGAAGCACUAUCAUCCUCACGUAAUGCAAAUACCAGUAUGACCCAUGACCCGCAGAGUCGAAAUCUCGAUGGAGUCAAAUAUGAAAUCUGGUCCCGAACAGAAUAUGAAAUCAUUUUGAUUAUUGAUAAUCGAGAAAUCCGAUCACAUCAAGAACGUGACUAUUUCUCAAAGCGAUUAGAUACAUUCGGGAUAAAAUGUGAAGUACGCCCCUUGUCUGCUGGUGAUGCCGUUUGGAUUGCCCGAAAUUAUCGUACUGGGAAAGAAGCAAUCCUAAAUUAUAUAUGUGAACGGAAGAGAUUGGAUGAUUUAGCCAGUUCGAUUACCGAUGGAAGAUUUCAAGAACAAAAGAAUAGAUUGAAAAAGACGGGGAUGAAACAUUGUUAUUAUAUAAUUGAAGAUAUGGCAACUUCGGUUGAUCGUGUACAUAAUUUGGCUGAUUCGAUUCAAACGGCAGUUUCACAAACUAUUACCAAUUCGAAUUUAUAUUUGAGAAGGUUUAGGGAUAUAAAUGAAACCACGGCAUUUUUGGCCUCAAAUACUCAAGUAAUUGAUGAUUUAACAAAGGAAAAGAAUUUGAUAUUGAUAAAACCAAAUAAUAUAAAGAAUCAAGAUGAAUAUUCUCAACUAAUGUUGAAAUUUAGAAAUAAAUUUGAAACUAAGUUAAAAAAUGAAAAGUAUGAAUGUGUACAUCAAUUUCAAAUAUUUCAAGAAAUGAUGGGGAAAAGUACUCUGAUGACAGUUAAAGAAAUCUUUUUAUUAAUGUUGAUGUCAAUUAGAGGUGUUUCUUUAGAGAAAGCAAUUGUUAUUCAGAAUAAAUUUCCAACUCCUAAAAGUUUAUUGGAAUUUUAUCAUGUACAACAUAGAGAUUCAUCAGAAGAUAUUAAGAAACUGUUAAUGAUGGAGGAAUUUAAGUUCCAAGUUGGAAAUAAGAAGAUCGGUAAAGUUGUCCUGGAAAAGAUUUAUGAUAUUUGGGGUAAGUAG